AUGCCAUUCCCUGUGGAUAUAUUGAACGACUGCAGUCAUGAGGACUUGGAGAAGUCAUCAGAGAGCUACUUGUCUGACCUUCAGAGUGGGGAUCCAGAGCAUCCUGAAUUCUUUUCACUGCCAGGCCAUGGCAAAAUUCCUAUUAUCUUGCCAACCGUGGGCUUCGUUCCUCUUUACGGUGAAGAGCAGACACACAAAGUUCUUGCUUUGUUUGCACCAGGGGAUUUGCUCACAGCUGUAGCCCUGUAUCUUGCUGAACAGUGGUGGUCAAUUGAUGACAUUGUGAGAACAUCUGUCCCUGGUAGACAGGGACUUCAUCAGGUGAAGUCUCUUGGAGAGAGGGUUGUUCUCUAUGUUCUGAAUCGAAUUAUCUACCGGAAGCAAGAAAUGGAGGAAAAUGAGGUCCCUUUUCUCUGUCAUGGUAGCAGUGACUAUGCUAAGAUCAUGUGGAAAAAAGGAGAGGCUGUUGGGUUCUAUUCUGUUAAACCUACAGGUAAAACACUUGAUGUUUAUGGCUCUUACUGUGCUCAAAGAUACAAGCUGCCUGUGCUUGACACAAUAUUUGUAAGAAAGGAACAUCGUGGAAAAGACUCAGGGCUAAUCAUGUUGGAAGACUUUGUGGAUUCCUUUAAUGAAGAAAAUCUUGGCCUAAGGUACCCACUGUCAUCUUUCAUGUACGCUGCUUGUAAGCAGUAUCUUGAGAAGUACCCUGGGGAUAAGUCGCUCUUCUGGGAAGUGGAGGGAGCAGGGCAUUGGUUCCAGAGAAGGUCUGUUACACAGAGAAUACAAAGAGAGAACCUCAAAAUGACAGCCUUAACACCAGAGACCUCACAGAAAGAAAACAAGGCUAUUCAAGCAAAAGUUCGCUUGCAGCAGUCUGCAGCAGUAUCUGAAGCAAGCGGACAGAAGACAGAGCUAGAGACACAUCUAACUGCUGACCCUCAAAAAGGUAAAGAAUCAACAGAUGUUCAUGCCAGCACAUCUCAAGACCCUAAUACAGCUCCUGUAUUCUUUCGGACACGAAGCAGUAAUUUAAAACGUCCCAGGAUAGGAAGACAUAGACAGGAACCUGAACCUGGAACUUCCCAAGAAAAUACGGAAAAUGCUCUUCCUGUGUCAGAAAGCAGGCUGGAACUUCCUUCCCAUACAUCUGAAAGCCCUGAGGAUUUAGUAGAAGUACCUGAGGAGAAUACUUCUGAGGAGGAUGAGAAAAAAAUUAUUGAAAAUAAGAGCCAGUCUGCAUCAGAAGCCGAACUACAUCUGUCACCCCCUGAGAAAAAGAGUGAGAAGGAGGAAACUCCAUCUGAACCUCUUAAUGGUGAGGUAGAAGAAGAAACCGGUAAGACCUUAGUUGUGGCUGAAGAGAGGAUGGCAAAUGAAGUUCUAAGUGGUGAAUCAAAAUUGCAGUCUGAGAGUCAAGGAGAAGAAAAUUUAACGCAGUUUGUUCCAUUAAUCCCUGAGUCCUCAGCAAAACCGUCAGAAGACACUGUAUCAGAGAAGGUUUUAAAUUCAAAUGAUUCAGAAGUGCUGACCGAAGAAACUAUGUCUGUAGAGAAGGAGGGCAAUGAAGAACAGCAACAAUCUGAAAAGCCCACCACUGAAAAUGCAGCUGCAUCGCUGCCAAAGGAAGAGCCUUCUGACAAUGGUUUGCUUAACUCUAUGGUAAGUGAAGCAGCAGAAGAAACUUCUUCUGAAAACAGUGGGGAAGAUCCAAAUGAGGAGGCAGGAGUGAGUCAGAGCUCUGUGAUAGUGGUUGAACUUGAGGGUGCUUCUUUGCAGCAGUCUGCUGGACAGGAAGGACAGAAGACCCAGUUGGAAGAGCACUCAGAAGGGCCUGCUGAGCAGGUAGAUCAGCCCAUGCAGACAACAGUGGAGCAGGCUGCAGACAGCAGCUCUGAGGAAGCAGAAGUUGAAGUACCAAUUGUAGAUAGGAGAAACCUGCGAAGAAAGGCCAAAGGCUACAAAGGUCCACCCAAGAAGAAAGGAAAACCAGCUUAA